AUGGAUCCCCAAGAGGUGCUAGUAUUUGUUGUUGGGGCGGCGACAGCCUGCAUAGCGUUCAAGAUCUUCAAGCUCGUCCUCAGCGAGUGGACCUCGCCUCUUCGCAACAUUCGUGGCCCACCAAACCAGAGUUUCUUCUAUGGGAACCAAAGGCAGCUCUUUGAAGCUGAAAAUACUGUUACGGAGGAGAAGUGGGUCGAAGAGUAUGGAUCAACAUUCAAGUGUAAAGGAUUCUUUGGGUUCAAUUCUCUAUAUGUCGCCGACAUGGAAGCAGUGAAUCAUAUCCUAACUGAGACCCAUGUGUAUCAGAAGCCAGACUGGUUGCAGUACACCUUGACUCGCAUUCUGGGUGCUGGUCUGGUAGUUGUUGAGGGUGAUAAGCAUCGGAAGCAGCGAAGGAUAAUGAACCCUGCCUUCGGGCCACCACAAAUAAGAGAUUUGACUGGAGUAUUCCUUGAGAAAGCCACUGAGCUUCGAGACGUCUGGCUCGAGGAGAGCAGCAAGGAAGCAAACAGACGAAUCGACGUUCUUGCCUGGUUGAGGAAGAUGACGCUGGAUGUUAUUGGCCUUGCGGGAUUUGGCUACAAAUUUGAUGCUCUCAAGAGUGAUUCGAAUGAACUGCACAGAGCGUUUUCCGCUAUCUUCCGGACUUCUAACAGGGUGAACCCUCACCAGCUGCUAAGAGCUUUCUUCCCUUUCCUUCGGCCUAUCCUUGAACGCGUCCCUGACAGGCAAGCAGCUGCAGCGCAAAAAGCUAUCGAGACCGCGAACCGGAUCGGUAACGAGCUGCUGAGGUCCAGCGAAGCUGCUCUAACGAUGCAUGACUCUAAUGGCAAAGCGGAGAAGAGCUCAUGGAAAGGAAGAGAUCUGCUCACCUUGUUACUCCGAGCGAACCUCGCAACAGAUUUACCCUCCAGUCAGCGCAUGUCGGAUGAAGAAGUUAUGGAUCAAAUACCUACGUUCUUGGCUGCUGGACACGAAACGACCAGUCUAUCGACAACUUGGGCACUAUUCACCCUUGCUCGUUACCCUGAUGUCCAGGAAAAGCUACGAAGUGAGCUUUUGAGCAUGAAGACCGACUAUCCAUCUCUAGACGAGCUGAAUACCUUGUCGUACCUCGACAUGUUUGUUCGCGAGAGCCUGCGUCUUUUCGGACCUGUCGCCGCCGUACUACGCGUUGCCGUUCUGGAUAGUGUCUUGCCGCUAAGCAAGCCAAUUCGAGGCAAGGAUGGGAAGGUGCUGCAUGAGAUAAUAAUUCGCAAGGGAGACAGCAUUCACGUCCCCAUAUUGGUGAUAAAUUCUGACAAGGCAGUGUGGGGAGAAGAUGCUUCUACUUUUCGACCAGAAAGAUGGCAAAAAAUUCCCGGGGAAGCUUCGACUAUCCCAGGUGUUUGGGGCCAUCUGCUCACUUUUAUUGGAGGGCCUCGGGCCUGCAUUGGAUUCCGCUUUGCCAUUGCUGAGAUGAAGGCCCUCCUGUUCGCGCUUGUCAGAGCUUUCGAGUUCGAGUUGGCGGUGCCCGUUGCCGAUAUCAAGUCAGCAGGGCAGCGGCCUUCCCUUCGUUCGGAACCCAGUGUAGGAGUGCAGAUGCCCCUUAAACUGAAGGCAUUCCAGCGCAAUUGA